AUGUCACAUAUUCAAAAGGUCGCCAUUGUUAGUUGUGGCUCUAUUGGAGCCUCUUGGGCUGCUCUUUUUCUAGCACAGGGCCUCCAAGUAUCAGCUUUCGAUAUCAACCCUGCUGCCGAAACGUUCCUUCGAUCCCUUGUCACUGACGCCCUGCCUAUUCUUUCGACGCUGGGCCUCGUCAAGAAUGCCACAGCGAAAGUAGAAGACAUUUUCUUCACGACGAACAUGACUAAGGCUCUCGUAGACGCCGAUUUUGUGCAAGAAAACGGACCGGAGAAACUGGAUUUCAAGCGGACAUUGUUCAACGACAUGGCGAACAUUGUUCGGCCAACCACAAUCAUUACUACAAGCAGCAGUGGUCUAACUUAUUCAAGCAUACAGCUUGGAAUAGAUAAACCAAGCCGGCCUGAACGAUGCGUCGUUGGUCAUCCUUUCAACCCUCCGCACCUCAUCCCCCUUGUGGAGGUAGUCGCCGGUGGGCAGACAUCAUCUGAAACUAUCAGCACCACCAUGGAGUUUUACGAAAAGAUAGGGAAAAGGGCAGUGCACAUUAAAAAGGAAGUUAUCAGUCAUGUCGCCAACCGUCUCCAGGCAGCCUUGAUAAGAGAGGUCAUGUACCUACUGCAGGAGGACGUUGCUAGAGUCGAGGCCAUUAACAAAGCAAUGAGUUAUAGCCCCGGUCUUCGAUAG